AUGCAGAAGCUUCUCAAGAGGACGGCUCAGGCCCAGCGCCAGGCAGGGCGCCGGGCCAAGAAGAUAAACAGGAGAGAUGAAUUCGAUACGAGAAGACGAAACAACCAGUACCUGAAGAUGGCCAACGACGAGAUCCGACAGAACCUGAAAGAUUCGCGCCGGGCGAGGAAAGAAGACUGGGAGAUGGGUCCCCUGGCCCCGAAACGAGACCUCGGCUUCAAUGGCUAUGGAACGUUCAGGGAGAACUUGCGGCAGGACUGGACCAACAACGGCAUGAAUCCUAUCGAUCCCAAGGUUCUGGAGCAGCGCUGUGCUUGGGCUGGAGGCGUGAAGCAACUCUGUCUCGCUCCUCAAGAUCGUGUGGUCAUUCUGGAGGGCCCCGACAAGGGCAAGGUGGACCGCAUUCAGAGUGUUAACAAGCUGAACGGUUCCGUGACGUUAGAAAACCACCACAAGGCCCUCUUUCAAACCUGGCUUGACGGCAAGCAUCAUGCCCAGGCAAUGCCAAUAUCAGUUGGUUCCAUUCGCCUGGUAUACCCAAUCACCAAUCCUAAGACCGGAAUUACCAAGGAUACGAUAAUCAACGAAAUCAAACCAAUUCCCGCAAACAUGGAGUCGGACAGCAUGUCGCUGGAUCGUUGGGAGUAUGGAAACAAGUGGGAUCGUCUUGUGCUCGGCAUCAACGUCUCUAUCCCCUGGCCAGAGGUCCAGGCCCCCAAGUUCGACACAUACGACAUAGACACAACUCGAGACAAGGUCGAGACCCGAACAUUCUUUUACAACCUACUCUCACCUCCAAUGCCCAACGUAAUCAUUGACGAGCUCCGAAACAAGUACUCUAAGUUCCGAACUCGCCACGACCCAGAGUACAUUGCGAUGAAGGAGUUGCAAGAACGGAUGAAGAAGGGCAACCCGGCUGUUCUCAAGUCUAUGCAGACCCCUCUGGAGGAGUUCCACGAGAAGCAGAGAGAACUCAAGGAGGCCCGAGGCGAGCCUGAGCUUUCUGAACACAUGUUGACGAAGCUGGGUGAGAUCAUUGCCAAGACCAAGGCCACGUCUUUGGAAGAUGCGGGCAUCACCCCACUUCCUACCGAGCCAGCAGAGAAGACUACCGAGAAGACCGUUGAUGCUCCUUGA